UCUGCUGGAUGUGCCUGCCGGCUGGGGGCUGAGGCCGAGGGAGUCGCCAGGGUCCGGGCUCGGCGGGAUGGUCCGGAGCCGCUCCAGGUCCCCCCCGCGGAGGGAACGUAGGCGCUCUCGUUCUGCAUCCCGGGAGAGGGAGAGGAGGCGACGGGAGCGUUCGAGGUCCCGGGAGAGGGACAGGAGGAGGAGUCGUUCCCGUUCCCCGCACAGGAGGCGAUCCAGGUCCCCGAGACGGCACAGAUCCAGCUCUUCUUCCCCGUCCCGGCAGAAGGAAAGGCGAGACGAUGAAAAGAAAGAAAACAAAGACGCCAAAAGCAAAGAGCAUCAGAUCACCGAAGAAGAUAUGGAAGGCAAAACAGAGGAGGAAAUUGAGAUGAUGAAAACAAUGGGAUUUGCAUCCUUUGACACAACAAAAGGGAAGAAAGUGGAUGGCUCUGUAAAUGCCUACGCUAUAAACGUGUCACAGAAGAGAAAGUACAGGCAGUACAUGAACAGAAAAGGCGGAUUCAACAGACCGUUGGAUUUUAUUGCCUGAUGUCUAGUCUUGUUACCUGUGAAGAAUGACCUCUGGAGCAUGAAUGGUUAACAUUUUAUUGUCUCGCUAUGACUUGUGUGUGCUGGGAUCUCAGAGACAGGAACUCGGCUUCUCACCGUAAAACGAAAUCAGCUUAUUUAUGAGAGUCCAGAAACACUUGCUUUGCCUCCUAGGAAGAGAGGGUAAAAAUGAUGCUUUCUAGAAACGUUGGGUUUGAAUAUGUUCAGGCCUGUUUUGUUCCCUGUCAGGACUUUCCUGUUAGAUGUAUUAUUUUUCAUUUCUUCUAUGAGUUUUUUUUUAAAUAACUAAAUAUUGUCAGUUACAAUAAAAACCAGUAUAUAUUUACUCCCACCCCAUAAUUAAAAUAUGAUGGUGUUGCUCAGGAAUAAAGCACCAGAGAGGAGGCUGUUGGAGAUAUGUCUGGGCAAUUUUUUGCCCGUCAAACAGAGGGAUAGAUCUCUCAGAAGAUAAAUCUGGUUUAGGAUUUAAAACAGAAACAGGAUUAUUUUGAAAGUGUGCUCAUGGGAGAAUCUCAGGGAGCCACGCUGUCUCUAAUGUUGAAAGAGAAUUGUUUUCCUAAUUUAAGAUCUCUCUCUCCUCCCCUCCUUACUUUUCACUUAUCCCUUUCCUUACUAGUUAAUAAUCAAAGUUGUCCAGAACUACCGAUAGGAUAGUAUAGCAUAGUGGCAAAGGGUUGCAGUGAGUUUACUUACUGUUUGGCUUGGAAAAACAUACUGUGUUGGAAUAGUCUUAAGUUUUCAUAUUUGUUUACAGAUUUCUUACUUAAAAUUCUUCUUGACGCUGAUUCUUCUCUGAGCAAAGUUUGGAGGUAAAUCUGGGUUAUAUUAAAGACCCAGAGGUGAAACAUUUAACGCCUUCCACUUUCAUUGCUUACUAUGCAUCUAGAUUAUUUUUAUAAACAACCUUUUCCAAAUGCCAUGGUUUAUUUGCUGUUCCAUUUCACACACAUACCAGCAGGUGGCAGCACAUGCAGUGGCUGAUUUCAAGAGGUGGGUUAAAACUUAUUCAUAGUGGUAGACCACAUGCCCAUUUGACAUAAAGUGCCUAAUGAACAUCUCUGCUCCCAUUCACAAUCAUGUACACCUCUCCCAUUCAUGAUUGUAUAACGUCCCUGUGGCAAAUACCGCCAUUACUUACAUGGCAAAGGAACAUUUGAAAAGUGCUGUGUGUAUAUUAGCUCUUCCUCGUUCAAUAAGCAGUGUUUGUCCUUCUUUGAAAAAUAUUAAUCAUGUUCUCUGUUAUUCUUCAUCUCCUCUCUCCAAUUUGUCUGUGGGACCAGUCUGCUGUCUCUGAACCACCAGCAUCUGAUCCUAAAGCACCUGUGGACUGAGGUUUUGGGAACGUCUGAUCAGAAGUUUGAUAACUCUCACGUGAUGCAAAUAGUUAAAAUCUCUUGCAUACAUGUACCUUUUAACCUCCGAGACGUGGAUAGCAAAUAGCCUUUGCCUUAGAUGACCUGUUUUUCUUUUUUAAUCAAGCUCAGUAUUCAUGCCUUGGCAAUUGAGAUCCUUUCCUAAAGCUGCUCCACUACUCCAGCCUUCACAUUUUAUCACAGCUUUUCCUGUAGCCUCCAUGACCAUUGACAAGCAAAACAUGAUUUUAUAUUUUCCUUUCCCCCAACUAAUCUGACAGAGGGAACAAUCCAGAUUAAAGUCACAUGUGCAACCCUGCAAUGACCUAGAAUGGCAUUAGGAUUUGUUCAGCUCACACAAAUAAAUGUAGGGACCCAACACUAGCAGGAUGCUAACAUGCCACGCAGGCAGAAAACACUCGGGCCAAGCACAAUCUGAACCCUGGCAAUGAACACUUGCCAUCUGAAAUUGGGCAGGCAAAACCGAUAAAUAAAGGUAGGCCAGAGCCUGUUUAAAACUGUGAGUAAAGAUCGUACUGCAUAUGACAGAAGACUGGGGAAGUUGACAGCCUGGAGUAUAGAACUGCCAGUCAUUAGAUGAGGAGGAAGAAGAUUUUCAAAGGCACAAAUAAGUUUCAGGCGUUCAGCUAAAGCCUGUAGAAAAUCUAAAUCUCUAACAUAAUUUGUGCUGGCUUUUGAAAUCUUUUUCCAUUUGGAAGAUUCUGUUUUACAUGAGGAUGAUGAUAUUCCCCCACCCCAAAACACAACCACAGUAGAGAUGAAGAUAUUCUGUUAAAGCUCAUGCCUAAUUCUUAAUCUCAGUCAGGAUUCCAGUUUUCUACUGGGCCUAUGACAAUCAGAGAUUAAAGCAGCCUAGAGGUGAGGGCAGUGUCUUUAUU